GUUGCCGACCUGACAGUCGGGCCUUGGUUGCUAUGGGAAUGGCGGGAAGCAGCGAAACUUCUCUCUGCUGCCUGCUUCUCGGGGCUACCGGGGUGGGAAAGACGCUGCUGGUGAAGCGGCUGCAGAAUAUCCUCGGGUCCCGGCCAGGAAGGGGGAAGCGGGGCUCGCGGGUCAAAAGCGGGUCCAUGUAGAGGAGCGCCUGGCGAGGAAGGGAAAAGGAAAGGAGCGAGGAGACGCUUUUGCCCAAGGAGGUGGUGGCUGAGCUCCAAAUAUGGUGCCAAGGACCUUGGAAACCCACCAGCUACUUUGCCAACGGUAGGCACAAAUCUUACUGAUCUCUUAAUAGGAAAGAAGAUCACAAUUCGAGAGCUAGGAGGAUGCAUGGGUCCUAUCUGGUCCAGUUAUUAUAGUGACUGCCAUGCUGUCCUGUAUAUGAUUGAUGCUGCCAACCCUACCCAGAUUUCCGCAUCCUGUGUCCAGCUUCUGUCCCUCCUUUCUGCUGAACAGCUAACAUCAGUUCCUGUCCUCCUCAUUUUCAACAAAAUUGACUUACCAUGCUACAUGUCCCUGGUGGAGAUGAAGUCAUUAUUCCGAAUCCAAGAUAUCAUUGCUUGCGCCAAACAGGUUAUCACUGUGGUUGAGAUCAGUGCACGAGAUGGCAGGGGCUUAUCUGAUAUAAUGAAGUGGUUUCAAUCCACCCUGCAUGAUUGAAGUUGGAAUCUGGAAACGUCAGGAAGCUGAAGUGUUUCCUGCAAGCAGCGGAUCAACAUUGCUAUCACAAACUUUGAUGUAGAAAUAUGUCAUUUAAAUUAUUCAGUGGAUUGCCUCUUAACUGGCAUAUUGGAUUGUUGCUACUGCAUGCAGAUGCAUUGAAAGGGAAUAUUGUAGCUUCUAACAGUAAGCCCAGUAAUGAUAUACAGUAUUGUAUCAUUUCCUCUAGAUGAAGAUAUGUAGAGUUGAAAUAAUGGCAAGUAAAAUAUGCUGUGACAGAGGUACUAAUCAGGCUUUGUAGGCAACAUGAAAUUGAAUUUCACUCAUGUUUCUGUGCUUGUAUGAAAUCAGAUUUGAUGGAAGUACAAAGCAAACAAAAUCCUCUUCUAUAACACAUUAGAAAUUCAGAUUGCUCAAGUCUAGAGUACCUUAUUCAAGAGUUUGUGUGCAUAGUCUCUUGUGUUUUAGUUGUCAAUUGUUUAACUAUUUUCUACAACCAUGAUCUAAUCAAUAAUUCAGACCCAAGAAGUAUUAACUUGAUGGGAUUUAGCAGAUAGCUUUUGCCAAUGGUGGAGUCUCUGCUGUUCCUCAGCCAGAAAGCUCAUCCAGACCAGUGUGCAGAGGCAACAUUGAUCUGUAUUAAAUGCCAUACAUAUGACAUAUGUUUGCUAUAUUGUAUACUAUUGGUUUCUGUGAGAUACAUUAGAAAUGUGUUAAUUCUGUGGUGUUUCCUUGACUUUGAUUUCUUCUCUCAAGAAUCUCACAUUCUUGGAAUUCAGGUUUUUGGGAGCUCAUGUGAACCAGAUUAGCUGAGUCAUGGGACAUCAGCAAAAAGAACAUCAGUAGAUUAUAGUUGAAUUACAAAAUGGGUAUGCAAUGUACAAAUUCUAAAAUUCUGCAUGAUUAAUUAGUUCUCUCAACCAAUUAAAAAUUAUAAAAUUUAAAUGUAACCAGAUGAGAGCCUUAUGAAUAUUGGAUGUAUUGUUUAAACCUCAACUCUUCUGUUACUCUUUUCACUUAAACUUUUAUCUUCUCAGCUUUCCAUUUUAUUCUCUUGUGGUAUCAGUGGCAUCCAUCAGUGCCACUAAACUGUUAUUUGAAUGCAUUUAUUUACUUAUUCUAAUUCAGUGACUCUUGAGAGUCUUUGAAUGACUUAUAAGAAACCAAAUAUAUACUAGGGUUAAAAGUAUAGUAAAGAAUACUAUACUAUGCCAGCAUUCAUUCUAGCAUUCAGUCCAGUUGCACCUACUGCUGGACAAUCACAAAGGUGGUUUUACUAGAGGUGCACACAAAUGACAUUUUCUUCCUGUCUCACAAAAUGGGUAGAUUCAACACGAUAGAACUGACUCUCCCAUCUCAUCAUGCUGUAUCUGUGUCCAUUCUCCAUAAACACCCAAUUUAGUGGGAGCUUUAAUUAAUUCCACUGAAAGCCUAAUACCAAAAGUAGGUCAAUUAUGAACUCAAUGCAUCUGAAAGUUAUGAACUAACCUAUUUUAUGCUGCCAUAUUUUCUUACUGGUGUUUUUAUGACAAUCUGAAUUAGAAACUUAAAUAUUUAUUUGAAAUAAAUAUUUCAUAGAGUAAAAACUACUUAACUGUGUAAAUGAUUAAGCAGCUCUUACGGCAUCAUUCUGUACGAGGCUCGUCAUUACUUUCAUUUUAUUGAAAUUUACUAGUAACUUUGUUUUAGUAAUUUGUUCUUUUGAAGAUAUUUAGUUUGCAGGCCAAAAUAAAUUAUGGUUUUCCUGAGGAAUUAGGUUGGGCUCAGAGAAUAAGCAAAAAAAUAGAGCCUGCAAGGGAGAGCCACUGACCUCUUAAGAAGUAGAGCUGGUAUUAGUCCUGUUACAUUGCUUUCUGAAUCUCUGAUUUGGAAACAUAUUUCAUAAUUGAUUGUUAAAGUAGCAUUUCCAAUUGUAUAAAUGCAAGCAAGCAUAGUCUAUCCUUAAUAUUCAACAUGGAUAGAUUGGAGAUAUGACAUGGCCAGAAAUGAGAUUAGUUCUGCUGCUCCACUACUAGUUAACAUGUUUGGGAAAAUAUUUUGCACAGCUGAGAUAAAGGGCCUGAUAUUUUAUUAUGGGAUAAUAUACAUGUACCAUCCAGUGGGACUCCUUUUCUUAAUUUUCAUAAGGCAUUAGGUGGUAGAAC